CGGGAUUGGAAGCGUUUCUAUUGCGUCUCAACGUCUCUAAACAUGGCAGCUAUCAGCGCUAACAGUGUUAACCGUGCAAACAAUGGUUAAAGUGCUGACAGAGAUAACUGUGUUUACCUGAGGUGGAACCGGAGGGUGGGCACUAUGUUUCCACAACGACGCCAUGCCAUCGGCCGGUACGGCGUUAUCAGCUAUAACUGCUGUAUGAGAGCAGUACAGAUCAGCAGCCGUGAACUAGCCGGUGGGGCACGCUCACAUGCACUAAAAGCAUGCGCUGCUGGCCUCGAGAUGUCAAAAAGCACGGAGAAGCUUGGAUUACAACACACACAGAGGGAGAGAGACUACAUUCUCUGCUCAGGUCCGUAUAAGCUUAAAUUAGAAUGACUUCAACCCUGAGGAGAGCGUACCACUUCGCAGCAUUCAGCUGGUAUGCUUUUGUUGUGAAGAGUCUCGCUGCGAAGGAUGGAGAGGACUUACCACCAGGAAUCUUUGUAUAUGGAGGACCUUGGAAGUACCUUACUUUUUUGAAUUUGUUACUACAAAUGUUAUUCUUUGGACUGGCGGCACUGAAUGAUCUACAAGCUGGGAAGAAGUCAGAGAGUACUCUGAGCAGAUGUAAAGACCUUCUCUUCUCUGUCUUUGCCUUUCCUGUGGGCAUGUUUGUUGUUCUACUUUUCUGGACGAUCUUUGCAUAUGACAGAGAAUUAGUCUACCCGGCUACUAUUGACACCUUCUUCCCCCCCUGGAUAAACCAUGCUAUGCACACAUUUGUCCUUCCUGUUUUACUUGGAGAAGUGCUGGUGCAGCCUCACAUCUACCCGCAGACUAAACAUGCGAUGGCAGCAUUAGGAGGUGUGGGCAUAGCUUACUUAUCUUGGAUUAUAUGGGUGUACUUGUCAGUUGGGAUCUGGGUGUAUCCCCUUCUUCAGCACUUCAGCACUGCUGGUCUGGCGUGCUUCUUCUUUUUCAACAUGUCUGUGGUGACAUUGCUCUACGUGCUAGGAGACAAGCUCAACAGCCAUAUUUGGAGUAAGAGACAUUAAGUAUACCCCCUGGAGACAACCAUAUAGGAUCACAUGUUAAUUUGUGUCUAAUCUCUCUUUUGUCUCCUUUACUCUAUAGGUAAG